AUGUGUAAUGUUGAAGUUAUGGUUGAACAACCCCAAUGUGCUUCAAUUUAUGAAGAACCUGCAUUGAUUAAUGAGCAGCCUCCUACUAGAAUCGACAUUGCUCAUCUGAUUAGAGAUCCAAGCAAUCGUCCUCAAAUUUGGGAAUACCCAGUUAAUCAACAAGAUGAAAUUAGAAGGGCAUACAUUAAUUUGGGGCCAUAUCAACCUUUGAUGUCUGAAUAUCUGCUGACUGGUAAAAAACAUCCUCGUCGAUUUCAGUCUCAUUGGUUCAAAAGUUAUCCAUGGCUUGAAUAUUCAGAGAAAAAUACUGCAUUUUGUUUCCCUUGCUAUCUAUUUUCAAGUAAGUCAUCUGGAAAGCCAGGAUCAGACACCUUUACUGUUAAAGGAUUCAAUUGUUGGAAGAAAGUUAAUGAUGGGGAACGAUGUGCUUUUUUAACUCAUAUGGGAAAAGGUCCAAAUUCAGCUCAUAGAUUUGCUACCAGGUGCUUGGAAAAUUUGAAAAAUCAGUCAUGUCAUAUUGAGAAGGUAGUUAAGAGGCAAACUACUCAAGAAAUUCUAAAUAAUCGAUUGCGUAUUAAAGCUUCAAUAGAUAUUGUUCGUUGGCUCACAUUUCAAGCAUGUGCUUUUAGAGGACAUGAUGAACGUCCAGAAUCAAAAAAUCGAGGUAAUUUUCUUGAAAUGUUGGAACUUUUAGCAUCAUAUAAUGAACAAGUAGGUGCUCUUGUUUUGGAUAAUGCUCCACAAAAUGCUAAAUACACCUCGCAUCAAAUUCAAAAGGAAAUUUUGCAUGUCUUUGCUAGAAAUGUUCAGUCUUCAAUUCGUCAUGAGAUUGGUGAUGCAAGAUUUUGCUUAAUUGUUGAUGAAGCUCGAGAUGAAUCCAGAAGAGAGCAAAUGGCCCUUGUUAUUAGGUUUGUUGAUAGAAGCGGAUUUAUACGAGAACGAUUUUUGGAUAUAGUUCAUGUCAAAGACACAACUGCUUCAACUCUUAAGAAAGAGAUUUCCUUUGUUUUAUCUCAUCACAAUCUUGAUGUUCAAAAUAUUAGGGGCCAAGGGUAUGAUGGUGCUAGUAAUAUGCGUGGAGAGUGGAAUGGAUUGCAAGCUUUAUUCAUUAAUGAUUGCCCUUAUGCAUAUUAUGUACAUUGCUUAGCUCAUCAAUUACAAUUGGCUCUUAUUGCUGCAGCUAGAGAAAUAUCUGAUGUUCACACUUUUUUUCAGAACUUGAUUUUUAUUAUUAACAUUGUUAGUGCUUCUUGCAAGCGUAAUGAUGAAUUACGGGCUUUUCAAGCAACUACAAUUGAACAUUUAGUUGAUAUUGGUGAGAUUGAAACGGGUAAAGGAGUUAAUCAAGUAGGUGGUUUGCAACGACCUGGAGAUAGCAGAUGGAGUUCGCACUUCAAAUCCAUUUGCAGUUUGAUAAAAAUGUAUGGGGCAACUUGUUUGGUUCUUGAAAACAUCGCUUUAGAUGGAUCUACUUAUGCUCAACGUGGUGAUGCGGCUUUUUCAUUUAAGUUGCUAAUGUCAUUUGAUUUUGCAUUCAUCUUGCAUAUAAUGAAGAAUGUUAUGGGAAUUACUGAUGUGCUUUGCCAAGCUUUGCAACAGAAAUCUCAAGACAUUUUAAAUGCUCUGCAUUUGGUGACUACCACAAAGACUUUAAUUCAGAAGUUAAGAGAUGAUGGCUGGGAAACUCUUUUAGAAGAAGUAACAUCAUUUUGUAAGCAUCAAGACAUUGAAGUUCCUGAUAUGGAUGCUUGUUUUUCUAGUGUGGGACGAUCUCGCCGUAAAACAAAAUCAAUAACAGUUGAGCAUCACUACCGAGUUGAUAUAUUUACAGCUAUCAUUGAUCAACAGUUGGAAGAGCUAAAUAAUAGAUUCAAUGAGCAGACGAUUGAGCUUCUUAAGUUGAGCACAGCUUUAGAUCCUAAAAAUAACUAUAAAUUAUUCAGUGUUGAAGAUAUAUGCUUACUUGUUGACAAGUUCUAUCCUGAAGACUUUUCUGACCAAGAAAAAACUCAUUUGAGAUUUCAGUUGCAGCAUUAUGAGCUUGAUGUGCCCAAUCAUCCAAAGUUAAAGAAUAUGUCAUCGAUUGCUGAUUUAUGUCAAGGAUUGGUUGAAACAGAAAAGGCAACAAUUUAUCCGCUCAUUGACAGGUUGAUUCGGCUUAUUUUGACUCUUCCUGUUUCGACAGCAACAACUGAACGAGCUUUUUCAGCGAUGAAGAUUGUUAAAACAAGACUUCGCAAUCGGAUGGAGGAUGAUUUUCUUGCAAAUUAUUUGAUUGUCUAUAUAGAAAAAGAAAUUGCUGAAAGAUUCACAAUUAAUAUGAUAAUCGAUGAUUUCUACUCCAUGAAAGAACGACGAGCACAAUUAAAUUAA